AUGACGUCCAAAGUUGAGGAGCUAGUGGGUGAGGUGGAGGAAGCCCUGGAGAAGCUUGUGAACGCUUCUGACUCCAUCUUCAAUGCUUCAACAACCCUAGACAAGAAACAGGCAGAGUUAUCGGCGAAACCUGUCAUGCGGGAGGCACGCAGCAAAGUGGAAAUGCUAAAUGACGAGCUACGGCGGACGGAGGAUGCCGCUGUGCGGUCACACUACGAGAAGGUUUGCAGGGCUGCUGAGGAGAAGAUUCGUGUGCUUGACGCUGAAAUAAAGAAGCAUGUCUACGCCAAGCAUACCAAAGUAGCACUAGAGAAGACACAUGCCGAAAGGCGGGAGGAGGAGCUCUUAGGCCCUGGUGGGGCGGAUGGGUCGGGAUUUCAGGACUCGCAGCAGGUACUUGAGGCUGCAGUGAACGUUCAGAAGGACAUGCUUGUCUCCCUGCAGCGGACGGAGAAGGUGAUGAUUAUGACGGAAGAAACGGGGCAGGAAACCCUUCAGGCUCUGCAGCGGCAGACCGAGCAGAUGUAUCAGGUCGAUGAGGGUUUGGAGGAGCUGCAGGGACAGUUGGAUAGAGCAGGGCGGGAUGUACGAUGGUUUUUCAGGCAGUUGGCCGGUGAUAAAUGCUUUUUGUCCCUUUUCGGCAUUCUGGUGGUAGCUAUGGCAGUUUUGAUGGGCGUCAUGAUAUACAAAAAACGGCAGGCGAAAAAAAACGCUGAAAAAUGA